AUGGCGACGACGACGAGUUCUCUCAACAGACUUUUAGGAUUACAAACGAAAGUCUCCAAAUCCUCCUCUUCUAAAGUUUCGCGAAAAGGCUCGGUGGUCGCAUCGUCGAAGAAGGACGACGAAAACAAUAUUCAGCCAAAAAGGAUGGUGAUGAUGGGAAAAACGUGUUCGAAAACAACUUCGAAUUUAUUGGUAAAAAGAGGCGAGCGACAGAAAGUGCGGAACACGCCGGCGGGGAAAGAAACGAACGCGCCGUUGGGAGUGUUCGUCUUAGAGUACGACGCGUCCAACGAGGACAUCGAAAAGACGAGAAACUGGAAACCGAUCAUUAAGAUUGCGGUUUCCGGAGCGGCUGGGAUGAUUUCGAACCAUCUCUUGUUCAAAAUCGCCUCCGGCGAAGUGUUCGGCCCGGACCAACCGGUGGCGUUGCGAUUGCUCGGUUCCGAGAGAUCUCAAGUGGCGUUGGAAGGCGUGGCGAUGGAAUUGGAGGAUUGCUUGUUUCCGUUGCUGAGAGAAGUGGAUCUUGGCAUCGAUGCGAAGAAAGUGUUUGAAGAUGCGGAUUGGGCGUUGUUGAUUGGCGCGAAACCGAGAGGUCCCGGGAUGGAGAGAGGCGAUUUGUUGGAGAUGAACGGCGGCCUUUUCGCCGAGCAAGGUAAGGCGUUGAAUGAAGUUGCGAAGAAAACGUGUAAGGUGAUGGUGGUUGGUAACCCGUGCAACACGAACGCGCUGAUUUGCAUGGCGAACGCGCCGAAUUUAGAUAAGAGAAAUUUCCACGCUUUGACCAGAUUGGACGAGAAUAGAGCCAAGUGUCAAUUGGCGUUGAAAGCGGGCGUGUUUUACGAAACCGUCUCGAACGUGACGAUUUGGGGCAACCACUCCACGACGCAAGUUCCGGACUUUGUGAACGCUAAAAUCGGCGGCGAAAGGUGCACGGACGUGAUCGACGAUCAAACGUGGUUGGAGAACGAUUUCACGCCGGCGAUUCAAACGAGAGGUGGAUUGUUGAUCAAGAAAUGGGGUCGAUCUUCCGCGGCGUCGACGGCGGUGAGCAUCGCAGACGCGAUAAAAGCUUUGGUAACGCCGACGAAAGAAGGCGAUUGGUUUUCAUCCGCGGUUAUUACCGACGGUAACCCGUACGGCAUCGAAGAAGGAUUAGUCUUCUCCAUGCCGUGUAGAAGUAAAGGUGACGGGUCCUACGAAGUCGUCGAAGGGUUGAAAAUUAACGAUUGGUUAAGAGAGAGAAUCAAGAAGUCCGAGGAAGAGCUGAGCAACGAGAGGGGGUGCGUGGCGCACUUGAUGGGCGUUGAAGGUGCGUCGUGCGUGAUGUUGGAAGAUACGCUCUUGCCGGGUGAAAUGUAA